GUCUGCUGUAAGGGUAUAAGUAAAGAUGGCGGCCGGUAGGUUUAUUGUUAGAUAAGGCCGAAAAAAAAACACCUUUACCAGCCAUUUAACGCGUGGAUCGUUCCCAAAUCUGAGAGCAUGAGCAGCAGGAGUCCUGAAGGGGCGGCAACAGACGGCACACAGGCGGAAAAGGCUGCAGAGUUCUCCCGUGGUGAAGGAUUCCACCUUCUGGGGGAAAAGGACCGGAGCGGCAGCGACUCGGGAAUUUCUGACAGCUCCUCUGUUGGAAACUGUGACUGUGUUUGUGGUUUUCCCCAUCCGUUAUCACGACAUGUGGGACUUCUACAAAAAGGCGCAAGCCUCGUUCUGGUGUGCAGAAGAGGUGGAUCUUGGGAAGGACGUGACGGACUGGUGUAACCUGAAACCAUCGGAGCGGCAGUUCCUGUCCCACGUGCUGGCGUUCUUCGCUGCCAGCGACGGGAUCGUCAACGAGAACCUGGUAGAGCGCUUCUGCCAGGAGGUGCAGGUCCCGGAGGCGCGGUGUUUCUAUGGUUUCCAGGUUGCCAUGGAGAACGUGCACUCGGAGAUGUACAGCCUGCUGAUCGACACGUACAUCCGUGACCCGGCGGAGCGAGAGCGGCUGUUCCGUGCGGUGGAGACGAUGCCGUGUGUGCGCAGGAAGGCUGCCUGGGCGCUGCAGUGGAUCUCCAGUAAGGACGCCAGCUUCGGCGAGCGGCUGGUCGCCUUCGCAGCCGUGGAGGGCGUGUUCUUCUCAGGCUCGUUCGCUGCCAUCUUCUGGCUGAAGAAACGCGGCCUGAUGCCCGGCCUGACCUUCUCUAACGAACUAAUUAGUCGUGACGAGGGCUUGCACUGCGAGUUUGCCUGCCUGUUGUUUAAGCACUUGCGGCACCCGCCCAGCCCGGACAGAGUGGCACAGAUCAUCCGCCAGGCGGUGAGCAUCGAGCAGGAGUUCCUGACGGAGGCCAUGCCUGUGGCCAUGAUCGGGAUGAACGGCAGCCUCAUGAAGACUUACAUCGAGUUCGUGGCCGACCGGCUGCUACUCGAGCUCGGCUGUCCAAAGCUCUACUCCGCGGAAAACCCGUUUGACUUCAUGGAGAAUAUCUCCCUGCAGGGGAAAGCAAACUUCUUUGAGAAGAGGGUGGCGGAGUACCAGAGAGCCAGCGUUUUAACGCCGCAGGACAUGAGGCAUGGCUUCACGUUAGACGCAGACUUCUAGUGUAAUGUACAGGACAUGAGGCACGGCUUCAAGUUAGACACAGAGUUCUAGUGUAAUGUACGGUGAACAAGUCCAAGUAGUAUUUAUUAUAAGUUACAUAGUCAUAGUGGCUUAAGGGCCAUGAAAUCAUCGAUGUGUAUCAUUGUAAAAAGACCUGGUUACCAUGGCAACUGUUGCAGUGAUGUAGAACUUUGUGACAAUGCAACCACAAAAGAACGACUGUAGAUAUCCCUGUGCUCUUGGUGAUGUAGCUAUUUAUAACACUGUCUACAGCAAUAAAGAAUAAAUAUGAGUAUAGUCAACAUG